GCGAUGGCGACUUCAUUCAACAGAUCAGUGAAGUCCCACAGCGCUCGAACUGUGCAGGACUACAGAUGAUAGGCUCUCGGAAGAGUCAAACAUCUGGUUUUAUCGCGUAUCUACGCUACUGUCGCUUCCCUGCUACAGACAGAAAUAUGAAAACAUGGUAGUUAAAGCCAGAAAAUCAAAUUCCAAGGACCAGAGCAGCGAGAAGGACAGGAGUCAGUCCGCGUCAGGGAAAAGCAAGCGUGCCAAAGAUGGGAAGGGCUCGGCUUCCCAGAGUAAAAACGGACUUUUUCCAGGGUUAAUUAGAAGCAAAGUAGGUUUGAGCCCCUCCGCUUUUGCAAGAGGAAUAUCAGUGUUGGUUCUCGCUAUUAUUGUGGGAUUUUUACACUGGUAUCAUCUCUCACAUCUGUUUGAAAAUGACAGACAUUUUUCACACAUGUCGUCUUUGGAAAAGGAGAUGGCCUUUCGAACAGAGAUGGGACUGUAUUACUCCUACUUCAAGACCAUCAUCAAGGCUCCUUCUUUCAUGGACGGUCUGUAUAAAAUCAUGAACGAUCGUCUCACUGAAUAUCCUCUGGUGAUAAACACUCUGAAGAGGUUUAACUUGUACCCUGAGGUGGUCUUGGCCAGCUGGUACAGAGCAUACACUAGCACAAUGGAUUUCUUUGGGAUCCCUACCAAGAUGUGUUGGACCAUCAACAGAGGGGAGGGUCUAGAUCCGGUGGAGAGCUGUGAAGGUCUGGGGGAUCCUGCUUACUUUUAUGUCACAUUUGUGUUCCUGUUAAAUGGGGCAAUGAUGAGCCUCUUCUUCAUUUAUGGAACAUAUCUGAGUGGCAGUCGACUGGGUGGCACUGUUACAGUUCUGUGUUUCUUCUUUAAUCAUGGAGAGAGUACUCGGGUCAUGUGGACACCACCUCUGAGAGAGAGCUUCUCCUACCCCUUCCUGGUUCUGCAGAUGCUUCUGCUCACUUACAUCCUCCGGACAAGGAACCCAAGCAAGAAUACCAUGAUGGCUCUGGGGAUCUCCAAUAUUUUCUUCAUGCUGCCAUGGCAGUUUGCUCAGUUUGUCUUGCUUACCCAGGUGGCAUCCCUUUUUGCUUCAUAUAUACUGGGAUAUCUGAGUCCGGCAAAAAUGCAGUCUGUCUUAGUAACUCACAUGAUCUCCUUAGCCGUCUGUUUUUUUUUAAUGUUUGGGAACUCAAUGCUCUUGACAUCCUUCUACGCCUCUUCACUGAUCUCCAUCUGGGGGGUAAUUGCACUCAGGGGUUGUUUGGUUGGUAUAUUCAAACCUGGACUCUUCACAUGGGUCAUGCAGUGCCUUGCAUGGGUGGUCUCCACUGUCAUUCUGAAGUUCAUGCUUUCAGUGAUCUUUGGGGCAUCAGAUGAUGCCCACAUCAGCAGUCUGAUCAAAUCCAAGUUCACAAGCUACAAAGACUUUGACACGAUGAUGUACACGUGUGCUGCUGAGUUUGACUUCAUCGAAACAGAGACUCUCAUCCGGUACAUCAAAACCAUGCUGCUUCCAAUUAAUGUGCUGAUUGUGGGUUUUAUUGCAGGAACGACUAUACAGGACAUUGUGUUUCUCAGAAAUAGAACUACAGAAAAGUCAGAGGAUGAUGAAAUGGAGCAGAGCCAGAUGUUGGCGAAGGGAGUGUUGGUGUAUCACAGUCUGCAGCUGGUGGCGUUUGCAGUGCUGGCUGUGCUCAUCAUGAGGCUGAAGCUCUUCCUCACUCCUCACAUGUGCAUCAUGUCCUGUCUGAUCUGCUCCAGACAGCUAUUUGGCUGGGUAGGAGAGAAGUUUAAACUUCAGCUGACGGUUGUGGGAAUAUUAUCCAUCAUGGCAGUCCAAGGAGUCGCCAACCUGCAGAGUCAAUGGGGCAUCAUAGGAGAAUUCAGUAACUUCCCUCAAGAAGAGCUCCUGGAAUGGGUCAAAGACAACACUAGCCCUAAUGCUGUGUUUGCUGGUGCAAUGCCCACCAUGGCGAGUGUGAAACUGUCCACAGGAAGAGCCAUAGUGAACCACCCACACUAUGAAGACGCAGGAUUGAGAGAAAGAACAAAGAUGGUGUAUGCCAUGUACAGCCGAAAGCCAGCUGAGGUGGUGAAGCGAAACUUAAUAAAGCUGCAGGUGGACUAUUUCAUCCUUGAGGACUCGUGGUGCACCAGACGCUCCAAGCCUGGUUGCAGCAUGCCUGAGAUCUGGGACGUGGAGGAUGCACAAAAUGCAGGGAAAGUGCCACUUUGCACUCUCAUGUGGAGGGAUUCACGUCCUCACUUCUCCACCGUCUUUCACAAUGACAUUUACAAAGUCCUGCGAGUUCCCAAAACAGUGAGAGAUAUGAGAUAACAGAAGUUAUCCC